UAUCCAGCUGGGGCUGUAUCGCAACAAAUAGUCAGUGGAUGAAACCCCCAAAAUUCAUUUCUGAGUCGGAGUUUAUAGGUUUCUGCCAGCUUCGAACUUGAUCAAAUUCCAAAGGAUAUUUCUUGUCAAAAGCAUUUUCAUCUUAGCGGGACUCUGUGCAAGUGCUUACUUGUUGAUUUUUAUUUGGGUGGUAAUUAUAGAGUAGCCAGUUAGAAGACAGUAUGGAUCCAUCAGAACUAAGGUAUUUGGAAGAUGAUGAUACUCCUACAAUGAAAACAAUCAAGGGUGCGACAAUGGGUUUAGUUGCUGGAACUAUCUGGGGGACUGUGGUUGCCACUUGGUAUGAUGUGCCUCGUGUUGAGAAGCAUGUUGCACUUCCAGGGCUAAUAAGGACCCUCAAGAUGAUGGGUAACUAUGGCAUGACUUUUGCAGCAGUGGGAGGAGUUUACAUUGGCGUUGAGCAGAUGGUGCAGCAUUAUAGGAUGAAAAGGGAUAUGGUCAAUGGAGCUGUUGGGGGCUUUGUUGCUGGUGCCUCCGUUCUAGGUUUCAAAGGAAGGAGCAUUUCAAGAGCUAUUUCUGCUGGAACGGCACUGGCAGUUACUUCUGCAGUAAUUGACGCUGGAGGUCAAACCACAAGAAUAGACAAUGGCAAGGAGUACUAUCCCUACACCACCAAGAAAAGAUCCACUGUUGAGAGUUAAUUUCUGGCCACUGUUGGAAAAAGGAAGAUGCUGGCAAACUAAUGGGAAGAAGUUUUCAUGGUUUCCUGAAUUCCUGUAUGUUUCUUUGGGAAUGUAGACAAAUUCUCUUGGAUCUCAUAUCUACAGCUCACUUCUUAAUGCCUGAAUGUGCGAUCUGAAUAAAUACAUUUGUCAUUUUUGUUCAAAA